AUGGCUAUCAUUGAAAAUGCCAUCCAGUCCUCUUCGACCUCAUAUCAACCAAAUACAACCUUGUCCGCCAUGAGCAAUUCCAUUUCACCCGAAGACUACCAAGAAAUCAUCGAACGAUACAAUGACACGCUCGACACCACCAUUCUCGGACACAGCUUACCCCGCCUUCUCCAAAACACCGCUGAAAGACAUCAUGACAAGAUUGCCAUGAUAUGCGGCGAUGAGAAAGUAACAUUCGGAACACUCACAACACUUGCAACACAACUUGCCCAUGUUCUGGUAACCCAAGGCAUCGGGCGUGGCGAGGUCGUUGGCAUCGCCCUGGACCGUUCCAUCGACCUCGUCGUAGCACUACUGGCUGUCAUGAGGACGGGCGCAGCGUACAUGCCCAUCGACCCGGGCUUCCCUACCGACCGCAUCCGACACAUGAUCGAGGAUGCAAACCCAAUACUUGUCAUCGUCAGCGCCAGCACACGACUGGCAUCUCAAUCCUGGGGAUGCGCGACACUGGGCCUUGAUGAGACGCGAGAUAUGAUGGUCGCCUCAAAGUCUCAAAUAGAUGACGUAGACACGGAUCCAAAAGCAGAAGACCUCGCAUACGUGAUUUAUACUUCAGGCUCUACUGGUAAGCCAAAAGGGGUAGAGAUCAGCCAUGGGGCGCUGUCAAAUUUUUUGUGUGCGAUGCAGCGAGAGCCAGGAUGCGUGGAAACAGAUCGGUUACUUGCCAUAACAACGAUAUCUUUCGACAUUGCAGCGUUAGAAGUCUUCCUUCCGUUGCUGUGUGGCGCAACGAUGAUCAUGGCCCAGGCGCACGAGGUUAAGGAUCCAGAAGCUACACUCGGAUUGAUUCAGCAACACAAUGUUACCAUGAUGCAGGCGACGCCUGCGACCUGGCAGAUGCUACUAGAUGCUGGCUGGAAAGGGGACCCACGUCUCUCCAGGAUCUUGUGCGGUGGCGAAGCGCUGUCUCGUAGGCUCGCUGACCGGCUACUAUUGUGUGCAGAGUCGGUAUGGAACAUGUAUGGCCCGACUGAGGCGACGGUCUGGGCAAGUAUCUGGAAAGUAUGUCCAGGAAAGGAUGUGGUCAUUGGAAAGCCUAUCACCAACUACCAACUCUAUGUACUUGAUGAAAGCCUUAGGCCGGUACCCUUUGGAUGCACUGGCGAGCUAUAUAUCGGCGGAGUGAGCUUGGCUAAUGGGUACCGCAAUAUGCCUGAAGUUACGCAAUCGCGCUUCGUUCGAAACCCCUUUCACAAUGGUCUCAUAUACCGUACCGGCGACAUAGCCAAGUUCGAUGGUCCAGACAGGUUGAUCGUACUAGGCCGUGCUGACGGGCAAGUAAAGAUACGAGGCUAUCGGAUUGAGCUGGGCGACAUUGAGGCAGCAAUAACUGAUCAUAGUGAUAUCCUUGACGCUGUUGUGAUUAGCAGAAACGACAGACUGAUAGCGUACUGCAUCAGCGUUGACGGCGAAAGCAGCCACGAAAUCGAGGCGACACCAACACUUGACAGCGUGCUGCGUCCAUGGUUAGCGCAGCUUCUACCAGCGUACAUGAUGCCAGCUUUCUUCGUCAGCCUUAAAACAUUCCCUAUGACGCCGAACAACAAGGUUGAUCGAAAAGCCUUGCCAGAUCCAAAGGUUGCAGUCAAGUCCAAGCUCAGCAGGCCGCUGACUGAUUUGGAGGACAAGCUCCGGGUGAUCUGGGCAAAAGUUCUGGGUCACAACUGCAUCGGGCUGGAUGACAACUUCUUUGAGAUAGGUGGCGACUCUGUACGAGUGAUUCAAAUGCAAAAGCAGGUGCAAAAGUUGGUUCACUGGAAAUUGUCUCCAGCCCGGCUCUUCCAACAUUACACCAUCAAGACAUUAUCGGCUUACCUAAAAGGAGAAGGCGAAAUCACAACAGACCCUAUCUCUUCACAAAAUCAUCGCAUAAGUCCAGAUAAUGAGGAUAUUGCUAUCGUGUCGAUGGCAUGCAGGUUACCAGGUCAGAUCGCAUCUCCGGAAGAGUACUGGGAUCUUCUCGAGAAUGGCGCCGAUGUCAUAAUCGACGUGCCAAAAGACCGCUGGGACGCCGAUGCCCUCUAUGAUCCUAACCCAGGCACUCCAGGAAAAUCAUACUGCCGGAGAGGUGGAUUUAUGUCGUCCAUUGAUGAAUUCGAUGCUUCGUUCUUCGGCAUAUCGCCUAAGGAGGCGCGGGCUAUGGAUCCUGCGCAACGUAUCGUGCUGGAGACGUGCUGUGAAGGCUUCGAGCGGGCUGGAUAUACAGAUAGGCAACUACGAGGUAGCCGUACGGGUGUCUUUAUGGGUGUGUGUAGCAUGCCAGCACACUCGACAGCGCCGUGUUUGCAGGAACUUAGCGGGUACGAUGCAACAGGUUCAGCAGGAGCUACUAUGUCUGGUCGCUUGUCAUAUGCUCUUGGUCUCGAAGGACCGGCCCUCACUGUGGACACAGCGUGCUCCUCGUCUCUUGUGACAACCCAUCUGGCGUGUAAUGCACUUCGUCAAGGAGAGUGUGAUAUGGCUGUGUCCGGUGGAAUUACACUUUUGCUCACUCCUGGAAUGCACGUCGAGUUCAGCCAGCUCAAAGGCAUGUCUGCUGACGGCCGGUGUCGAGCAUUUGCAGAGGAUACACAGGGAACUGGCUGGGCUGAGGGGUGCACGAUGGUGUUAUUGAAGCGGUUGAGCGAUGCUAUCCGGGAUGGCGACAAGGUUCACGCGCUUCUUCGGGGCACCGCUGUGAAUCAUGGUGGAAGAAGCGCCCCAGGGUUGACAGUGCCGAGUGGAAUGGCACAGCAACGACUUGUGCAUGCAGCAUUAGCUUCAGCAAAUCUGGCACCUAGCGACAUCGAUUACGUUGAAGCACAUGGUACAGGAACCAAACUGGGAGAUCCCAUUGAGGGCACAGCCCUGGCCGAAGUAUUCGGCGAAAGUCGAACAACUGAAUCAGAGCCACUGUGGAUUGGUUCAGUAAAGUCGAAUAUCGGGCAUACACAAGCGGCAGCUGGCUUGGCUGGACUACUCAAGGUUGUUCUAGCGAUGCAACACAACACGAUCCCCCGGACUCUGCAUGCUGAAAAGCCGACAUCAGCGGUAGACUGGCAGGGUGCUAACAUGGCACUUGUACAAGAACCACAGCCCUGGCUACCACGAGCAGAUCGGCCUCGAAGAGCAGGUAUCAGUGCAUUUGGCAUCGGCGGCACCAACGCCCAUGUUAUCAUAGAAGAGGCUCCGCUAAAGGAUGAGACAUCGCACCCGUUGCCGGCCUUACUUCCAGCUGGAUUUCCAUUCCUGCUAUCAGGCCACACUGAUGCCGCUCUUCGCCAACAAGCCGAUAAGCUACGACGAUACAUCGCGAGUGCAAAAGAAAAUCAUGGAGAUCGUCUUGGUCACAUGGCUUUCUCACUAGCGACUACGAGAAACCAUUACCGACGACGGAGAGUGCUCUUGGCCAAAGAUAAGACGGAGCUUAUGUAUAAAUUGAGUUCGAUGGCAGGUACAAGCGAGAAUGCCGCCGAUCCAUGUAUAGCUGUCCUUUUCACCGGCCAGGGAAGCCAAGUUGUAGGCAUGGGUAAAGAUCUCUAUGACAUAUACCCCGUGUUCCAUGAUGCUGUAGACGACAUAGCAGCCCAUUUCACAGAACUGGAGAUGCCGUUGAGGGAGGUAAUGCACGCCGCUCCAGAUAGCGAGGCUGCCGCACUGUUACAGCGCACAGACUUUGCACAGCCGGCCCUCUUUACGUUGGAAGUUGCUCUUUGGCAUCUCUGGAAAAGCUGGGGUGUAGAGCCGAAUUACGUCCUCGGUCAUAGUGUAGGAGAGCUGUCGGCAGCGCAUGUCAGUGGGAUCUUGGACCUCUCAGACGCCUGUCGUCUGGUCGCGGCACGCGGUCGAUUGAUGCAGGCUGUCCCAACUCGUGGCAGUAUGGUUGCAUUAGAAGCUAGCGCGGAAGAGGUUUCAAGAACGAUGGAUACCAUUGGGGUUGUCAACAAGGUCGAUAUUGCGGGCCACAACACGCCAAGGCAAACUGUGAUAUCUGGCGAUUGUGACGCGGUUGAAAAAUUGGUGGCAUACUUCACUGGUCUCGGACGCAAGAAGAAUGUACUCGAUGUAUCGCACGCCUUUCACUCGCACCAUAUGGACUGCAUGCUUGCAGCAUUCCAAGCUGUGGCUGACAGUGUACAAUUCCACCCACCAAAGCUGUGGAUAGUGAGCAGCCUGACCGGCAAACCCGUCGAGGCGGAUGAGCUUCAACAACCCGACUAUUGGGUUUCACAGGCACGCAGCGCAGUGCGUUUUGCGGAUGGCAUCCAGAUACUUCAUCAGCAGGGCGUUAACAUAUUUCUUGAGCUGGGACCGCAAGCGGUUUUGAGCGGAUUGGGAGCAGCGUGCCUUGUAGCAGAUCAGUCAGUUGCCUGGCUGCCAUCACUAACCACCCGAAAGCCCGGCGCGUCAACGAUGCAGAGCAGCCUCGCAGAGAUGCACGAGCGCAUGGUGUCUAUAAGCUGGCAUGCUUACUUUGAGCUUCUGGGCUACUGUGAGCGGGUGGAGCUGCCAACAUAUGCAUUCCAGCGAGAACGCUUUCCUCGUGCUCGCAGCAGAAUCAAUGCUGAUAGUGUACAACAACACGACCAGAGCCAGGACCAGCACGAGACUCUCAGUGCUGUAGAUCGAUUUGCAUUUGAGGUAUCGUGGCAGCAGGCCGACCGUUCGAAUUUGAGAAAAGGCGGUUCGUGGGGCCUCCUAUGUGCGAGCCCAGAUGGGGAACAAGGGUGGAUAAGACGAUUCGAAGCGGGCCUGAUGUCUGCUGGCUUGUACGUGCAACGGAUCGAGCGGCUACAAGAUGGUGGAGAGCUCGACGGCGUGCUGUGCCUGUGGAACGCAGAAACGGACUCUGAUGAUGUCGCAGACCAGGCGAGAGAGCUGACAGCCAAAGGAUUGGCUCAGUUGCAGGAUGCCGCGAGCACACAGUUCAUGUCGCAGCUGCUAUGGGUGACGCACAACGCGGUCGGUGCUAGCGUGAAUGCACGUGACGACAACCACUAUUCUGGGACCGGAUUGGCUGCCGGGCCGUUAUGGGGCCUAAUGCGUACGGCCCGUAGCGAGCAUCCCGACUUGCAUCUACGCCUCCUCGACAUCGACUACCACCACGAUGACAACAAUGACAGCGACGACGACAUCAACGUCGAUGCCCUCGCGGCGGCGUUGGCGCUCAGAUCGGAGCCUGAAUGCGCAGUACGCCACGGACAGGUUCUAGUGCCUCGUUUACAACCCAUCGCUAUGCCACAAGAACUGCCGCCCCCUACCCAGCAGCAACAACCUAUGGUCCGUCCAGAUGGCGCCGUUGUCAUCACAGGUGGGCUUGGCGAUCUCGGUGCAAGAGUUGCGCGGUGGCUGGCGACUGCACACGGCGUACGUACUCUGGUGUUGACCUCGCGGCGCGGCAUGGCAGCGCCGGGUGCGCAGGCGCUCGUGAACGAUCUUGCUGCGUUGGGUGCAGAAGCUACCGUCGUUUCUUGUGACAUUGCAGAUCGCCAGAGCGUCCAGCAGCUCAUGGCCAUGUUUGACGACAACAAGACACCUCUACGCGGUGUGGUGCAUGCUGCUGGUGCCCAAGACAAUGGCGUUCUUCGGGCCUUGACGCCGCAGCGAUGUGCCACCGUCUUUGCCCCCAAGGUAGAUGGCGCUUGGCAUCUACACCAACUGACCCAACAUCUCAGCCUUGACUUCUUUGUCAUGUUUUCGUCCAUCUCUGGGGUGUUGAGCAUGUCUGGGCUCGCCAACUACGCUGCAGCAAACACCUUUCUGGAUGCCCUGGCAUAUUUACGUCAUGCCCAAGGUCUGCCUGCUACGUCUGUAGCUUAUGGCCCCUGGGAGGGUGAUGGCAUGGCAGCCAACAUCAUCGGCCCCACUCGAGCACGUCUUGCUCAAUCUGGCCUCGACAUGCUUGCUCCGGAAGACGGUUUAGAGCUACUUGGAUAUGCUGUGCGUAGUCAUCGAACCCUCACUGUCGCCGCUGCCUUGGAUCAGCCUCGUUUGAAGAAAUGUCACCGGGAACGAGGUGACAAUCCUCCUUUUCUGCGUUCCAUUCUCAGUGGGGGCAAUGCAGAGGAGCAACCACUGAAUUCAGGCUACCAUCUGCGUAAAGAGCUACUCCUGGCAGACCUCGAGCAGCGCCCUCAGCUCAUGCUGGCCAUGCUUCAAGAAACUGUAGCCAAAGCCUUGGGCUUCAAAAAACCAAGUGACGUCCAUGUCGAUAAGCCUCUUCAGGAUAUCGGCAUAGACUCUUUGACUGCGGUUUUGAUACGCAAUCAACUCGCGAACUUGACAGGCAUGCCAUUGAUGGCCAACAUCACAUUCCAGCAUCCCAACCUCAAAGCCCUCGGACAGACCUUACUUUCAGAGCUGAACUUGAAUGAUAGCGAAUCUGGUUCUUCACUUGGGAGUAGCACAGCCACUACCACGCUCAUGUCCGAUAUGGUCCCGUUGCUUGACCUCGAAGCCAUCAAGAGAGGCUGUGUCGAUCCCAGCUUCACCUUUGAGAAUGCAGGCGAAGCUCCUACAUCCCCUUCAUCUGUUUUCAUCACCGGUGCCACGGGGUUUGUUGGCGCUCACAUCACUCAUGAUCUGAUGGAGUUUGGCAUCGCCGUCUACUGUUUAGUACGUGCCGAGACCGAUGAUGAAGCUAUGGAGCGUUUGAUCGCAGCCCUUGCAAGUUACAGCCUUUGGAACCCGGAAUACACACCACUGCUCCAUUGUGUUGUAGGGGAUAUGUCCCAACCUCUUUUUGGCUUGCCCGAACACACAUUUGAUUUCCUUGCGGACCAUGUGGAUGCCAUCUGUCACUCCGGCGCACUCGUAGACUGGAUGCGUCCGCUCCAAGACUAUAUCGGCCCUAAUAUGGUGAGCGCGCAUGAAGUGCUGCGCUUGACGUCGCAAGGCAAGGCUAAAACGGUCCAUCUUAUUUCCACAAUGUCCACAAUACCCAAGUACAUGGGCUACGACGUCAAAGAAGGAGAUCAGGAAUAUGGGUAUGCUACAUCAAAAUACGGGGCCGAGCGCAUGAUGGCUGCAGCCCAAUGGCGUGGUGCCAAAGUAUCGGUCUACCGCCUUCCUUUUGUCACUGCAUCAUCCACCACUGGUCGCUUCCGCCUCGACCGCGGUGACUUUCUGCACCAUUUCAUCGCCGGCUGCGUGGAAAUGGACCUUUUUCCAUCCAUAGACGCCAAUCUUGCCGCUGUGCUACCUGUUGACUACCUUUCCAAAACCAUAGUUACCAUGAUGACCAAGGACCUGCACCUCAUCGGCCAAAACUAUGAUUUCGCCAAUGCGCAUGCACCCACCUUCAGCCACUUCUUCCAACUCAUGAGUGACGCAAGUACUGGCCAGGAAAUCGUGCCUUUUCUGGCAUGGAGAGAAAGAGCUCUGAACUAUGCCCUGGCACACAGGUCGAGUCUAAUUGCCCGUAUCACAGCGCUGAUUGACGGUGUUAUUGACGACAAAGGCGCGACUGCUAUGGUUACUGGACCGCCCUUGAAGGACAAUGUCCUAGGCUCUGCCCACUUCCCUGCACCUUUGGUGGAUGCUGAUUUUGCGCGAAAGUAUGUUCGUUGUAUUAGCACUUGUGCUGGUUAA